UAGUUUAACCUUUACCUGUGAUUAUUAAAGUGUCAAUUAUUUAGGUCAUUACAGGUAAAUUGUAAAUAUGGCGUCCAGGAGCACAGUAAACAAUAACAAUUUCAACAAAUCAACUUCAGAGUGAAUAUGUUGUAACAAAUGAUGAGGUAUACAGCUGGGACAGUGAUAUGGCUGUUUGCUGUGGUAUUAGGAAGUGUUCAUGCACAGUUUACAAUAACUAUGGACAGUGAUGUCUAUUGUGGGAAAGGCAUUGAUAUUUACGAUCGAGAGUAUGUUAUCAAUGCUAGAGCAGAUGUGACAACUUCCAAUCCUAACUAUCGCUGUGUUAUUACCAUUCGUUCUGGUUACACAGAUUCCUAUUACCAAAUUCAGAUCACUCAGCAGAUGGUGGAUAUUAAUGAUUGUGGAAUCAAACUGAAUAUUUAUGAAGGAUCUUCACCUGGAGGCACGGCUGUGAAAAGAUUAUCCUGUUCAACUAAGAGUACAGGCAUUUUAUAUUCCAAGUAUGGAACCGUUACAUUUGAGUUAAUAACUCCAUCACAGCUCUAUAACCCAAGGAAUGACUUCAGUAUAAAAGUUAAAGCAUUUCGUGAUCCUAAUGCUCCUGAUGUUGCUGAGGGAGCGACAAAACUACCUGCAGGUGCAAUAGUAGGUAUAGUCAUUGGAAUAGUAAUAUUUACAUCAUUUUCCAUCAUGUUAAUCUGGUGUUAUAGGGAACGUAGACUUCCUGGAAUGCAGCAAUAUAGAAAACAGGCAAGGCCUAUUCACGGAGGACCUCAAAGUCAUGGUCAUACCAAUUCUGAUUUCAACUAUUCUAAAGAACCUUCAUUAUGCUCAGAUGCUCCAAGCAAGAAAUUUUAUCUGGAAGAUCAAGGUGUCUUUCCAAGUAUAGAUAGUUUGGCAAACAAUUCUUUGAAUGGAAGUGCAGCAGGACUGCCUGUUAAAAAGGCACAAAUAGGCAAUUGGAAUAUAAAGACAGGUCAGAAUAAUGAUCCAAAUUUUAGGAAUGUUUCUGGUGAUAGAAAUAGAUAUCCGUCUGAGUCUGAUGGUAGGGGGAGAUAUCAAAAAGCUGAUAAUCAGGGAAGAGGAAGAACCCAGUCACAGGGUGAUUCUCCUAGCAGACGAAGAAGAGACGAUGAGAAGUUCCAACAAAAUAAUGUACCGCCAGCUCCUCCUAUACAAGGAAGAUUACUUGCAAAUAGCAAUAGACAAAAUGAUGAUAAUGAAAUGUCGGGAGUGAAAAGACGUAGACAGAAAAAUAAUCAAGGAGAUGAAGAAACUGAUGAAAAGCGACCUAAUUCUGGAAUUUUUGAUAAUCCAGAUAAAGAAGGAUAUAUGUAUGACUAUGAUCAAGUGAAAAAAUUAUCAGCCGAUGAUCAGGACAAUGAGGGAAAUAAAAUGCUUCAUGAACUUAAAAAGGAAUUAGAGAGGAGACAAAGCGUGAAAGAAGGAAAAGGAGACAAUGGAGAAAAACAAAAAAAUGAAAAUAAAUCUGAUGAUCCCCCAGGGGCACCUGUAUCAAAAAAGGAAACAAAACAGACAAACAACAAACCUAGUCUUCCUGAAACUGGGAAGAUGGAUGGAAAAUAUAGAGAAAUGGACCUACAGAGUGAAAUUGGUGAUCCUGACACCAUAAGUAAUCCUUUAAAGGGCAGUAAUCCUGCAAUAAGGGCUUCUGUAAGUGAACUAAGAGGAUCCACAUCACCAGGUUCAAGAAAAAAGAAAAGACGGAAAUCUCAUAAAAAAUAUGUUAAGGCAGAUCCACUUACAGGGGGUGAUCCAAAUAAAAGUGUUGAUGAAAGCUCAACAGAUAGACCACUUGACGAGUCAUUUGACAGGGACUCGAUAUACAAUGACUCAUUCAGACUACCUAAUACAGGCCUGACGAAAAAUACUCCAUUACCACCAGAAGCUCUGGCUCCUGUGUUUGCCACUGAUGAAUCUGUCAUGCAACAUUAUUACCCACCAAACCAGUAUGACACGCAAAACCAAGUAUAUCCUGUAGUAGGAUAUGAUGCAGUUGGCAAUCCUGUUUAUGGGCAUCCUGUACCCCUCUCAGUGGCAUAUACACAACCAGGCUAUUAUGUUGAUCAACAUGGAUAUCCUGUUAAUAUGCCAACACAACAACAGCCAAUACAGUAUACUCCUACAGACUUUCAUCCAGGAAUGCCUGGAUACACUUCUACACCUGGCAAUUAUGACCAGACACCACACCGUAAAAAGAGCCCACAUCAUGCAUUAGUUGCUUCACCUGGGGCACCAAGUCCAAUCUUACCCCCUGGUAAUAUCCUAGAUGACCCCAGAAUACCUCUACCUGGAACAACAUUAAUGAAUUCAGGUGUAGAUCCACGUACUGGUGUGAAGACAUCUCAGGUAGUGUGGACAGAUUCCAAUCCUGAUCCAACAGAUCCAAGGGGAGAUAAUCCACAGAUUACCAGACAAACUAUUGUACGUGUUACAGCUAGAGAUACAGAGGAUGCUCAAUUACCUAAGCCAGGUGGUGCAGGUUUACAGCAAAUGACAUUUUCAGCAGCAAAACAAUUGAAACAUGCAGGUAAUACAGAUCCAGCUUUUUUAUCACCAUCCAAAGGAAAAAUAGGGAGUGAAGCUUAUACACCAAAACCUGUGUAUGCUUCUCAGACACCAGAGAGAGACAAUGCAGCUUUUUAUACCCGUGUGGCACCCCCAGAACAAAACCAAAUAUCUAGUGCUCCUAAACCGGUUGUACAUAAUCAAGCUCGUAAUUAUUCAGUAAGGGACCAGAUAACUCUUAAACCUGAAGAGAGUGAGUUUUAAUUCAGAGGAAUUUUGAGUAAUUUGCUAGGACCUGUCUUUAUGCUUAGUAUAAGCUUUAGAUUAGUUGUGUUGAGGGUCAACAGCUGUAUUACAUGUAAAAGGAAUUUUUAUUUACAUUUUCCUC